AUGGUGUCCACGGGCGCGGCGGCCGGCCACGGCGCGGAAUUCGCUGGGUUCACCGGCGAGUGGCUGAGCGGGUCGCGUGAGGUGCCGAUGGAGUUGUCGCUGGGGCUCGUCUGUCGCUAUUUGAAGGUCGAGGUGGUCGGGCCGGCGGCAAGGCCGUGGUGGGCCCGCUGCCAGGCGUCCAAGGCGCCCAAGGUGAAGGGCCUGACGACACCGGACCUGGACCUCGGAGACCUGGGCCCGGUGUGCUGGUCCAAGAACUCGUGCACGGCGUACUACGUCAACGCCCAGGAGGACGCGGAGCGCACGCGGGACGAGCUCGUCCGCCUGCUUGCUUUCGCGGUGGAGGUAAAAGCCGCGGGCGUGCCGCCCGACGCGGUCGUCGACUUCGCGCCGGCGGUCAGGGCGCGGCGGCUCCUGCUGCACUGCCUCACCAGGGACUUGGGGUUGGCGAGCGUGAGCGUCGGGGACGACGGGGAGAAGUUAGUCAGGGUGUCGCGUGCCACGGAGGCUGCUGCUGCUGCUGAUCAUUAUGAACGCGAGUUGCUCGAGAGCAGUGGCGGCGGUGGUGAAGAUCUCCAUGAGUACGGGGACGAGAAUCCGAUAUCUUCAUUCUACUUGGUAGUCGGGUGA